GCCAGGAUUGUGUCGUCCACGGUGCUCAGUUGAAUUCCAUUGCCGUCCAUUAGAACAGCCGACUUGGAAAAUACAAUAUCAAAUCUGUUUUACCAGAAGCUUGCUUGCUUGUAUAUCAUCAUGGAUGGCAAUUUCAUGGAGCAAGGAUAUUGAGCAAAGAUCUCCGCAUGUGUAACGCACGCACCUUCGACCCUGUCGUGGCUCACUGCAUUGCCUGGCAAAACGGAACAAUUGGUGGAUAAUUCUCCUCGUGACUUAAAUCGAGCAUAUUUCAUCGCUGAAAUACAUAGAAACUCGAAUGUGGUUUCUGUCAUGAGUCCGGCCGGGUGCUCCCAUGUGACCAGUUUUAAAGUGGAGAACUGGAAGCAGAAUCUGCGGGUCAUAUACCAGUGCUUUGUGUGGAGUGGCUCUGCCGAAACCAGGAAACGCAAGGCGAAGUCAUGUAUAUGUCACAUGUGUGGAGCACACUUAAAUCGACUUCACUCCUGUCUCCAUUGUGUGUUCUUCGGUUGUUUCAGCAAGAAACACAUCCACGAGCACGCCAAAAACAAGAGACACAACCUAGCUAUAGACCUUUUGUAUGGUGGAAUAUAUUGCUUUGUGUGCCAAGACUACAUAUACGACAAAGACAUGGAACAGAUUGCCAAAGAAGAACAAAGAAAAGCAUGGAAAUUGCAAGGUAUUGGUGAGAAAUAUUCAAUGUGGGAGCCCACAAAACGAGAACUGGAGUUGCUGCGACACAACCCCAAACGGAGGAAAAUAACGGCAAACUGCACUAUAGGUUUGAGGGGUUUGAUAAACCUUGGGAACACGUGCUUUAUGAACUGUAUUGUUCAGGCUCUCACACACACUCCACUUCUGAGGGACUUCUUCCUGUCCGACAGGCACAAGUGUGAGAUGCAGUCCAACUCUUGCCUAGUGUGUGAAAUGUCUCAGCUUUUUCAGGAGUUCUAUUCGGGUCACCGAUCUCCUCACAUUCCCUUCCGGUUGCUUCACCUCGUGUGGACCCACGCACGACAUCUCGCUGGCUAUGAGCAACAGGACGCUCACGAGUUUCUCAUUGCUGCUUUGGAUGUGCUGCAUAGACACUGCAAAGGAGAUGAUAAUGGGAAAAAAGCCAACAACCCAAACCACUGCAACUGUAUCAUUGACCAAAUCUUCACUGGAGGCCUGCAGUCUGACGUCACCUGCCAAGUCUGCCAUGGGGUUUCCACGACAAUAGACCCAUUCUGGGACAUCAGUUUGGAUCUGCCAGGUUCCUCCACCCCCUUCUGGCCCCUCAGUCCGGGCAGUGAUGGUAGUCUGGUGAAUGGAGACAGCCACCCAACUGGAGCAAACACACUAACAGACUGCUUACGCAGGUUCACUCGACCUGAACACUUAGGAAGUAGCGCCAAAAUCAAAUGCAGUGGUUGUCAUAGUUAUCAAGAAUCCACCAAGCAGCUGACAAUGAAGAGACUUCCUAUUGUGGCAUGCUUCCACCUUAAACGAUUUGAGCAUUCAGCAAAGCUCCGGCGGAAGAUCACCACCUACGUGUCCUUUCCUCUUGAGCUAGACAUGACACCCUUCAUGGCCUCCAGUAAAGAAAGCCGAAUGAAUGGACAGUACCAGCAGCCAGUAGAUUCAUUAAACAAUGAUAACAAGUAUUCUCUGUUUGCAGUGGUGAAUCAUCAGGGCACGUUGGAGAGCGGCCAUUACACCACGUUUAUCCGCCAGCACAAGGACCAGUGGUUUAAAUGUGAUGACGCCAUUAUCACUAAAGCCAGCAUUAAAGAUGUUCUGGACAGUGAGGGGUACUUGUUAUUUUACCAUAAACAGUUUCUAGAAUAUGAAUAAUCCCCAGAUCCAGAAGUGGUCCGAGUCACAAGCUGUGAAGGAAAGAUCAUAUGAGUGAAGGCGGGGUGGACAGCAGAAAGGAGCAUAAACCACCUGGCCUGACACUUGUUCAUCCCAGGAGAGCUGUUAAAAGAAAAAAGAAAAAAAUGCAGCCUUUCUAACGAAAUAAAAUAAAAACAACAUAAUAAGAAAUUGAAGAAAAAAAAAAUACACAGCUAAACCAAUCUGCACUGAGCAACCGGAGCAUACUUGACAGAAAGAGGAGGAGGCGGCGGCGUUCGAGAAGAUGGAGAAAACUCCGUCUGUUCUCUUUUCUCUCACUACAAAUGGAGGACACAAACUGAUAUCUCAUCACCUUGUUCUUAAAGGGAUAGUUCAUCCAAAAAAUGAAAAUGACUUUCUUCCUUCCGUGAAACACAAAAGGAGGCAGAAUGUAAGCCUCAGUCCCAUUUACUUUCUGUAAAAUAAAAGUGAAUGGUAACUGAGGCUAACAUUAUCAUAUUGCAUUCCACAGAAGAAAUGAAGGUUUCGAACAACAUGAAAAUAAAUGACAUCAUUUUUAUUUUUGGGUGAACUAUCACUUUAAACUGCACAAUCUCAUUUUCACUUUUAGUUAUGUUUUUCUCAGUUUUCACAAAGAAUAUGAAACGUUCACAUACUGCAGUCUCAUUUUCUCAUCCUCAAAUGAUGUUUCUAGAAGUAUAUGAGGGAAAAUUUCCUUUUCUUUCAUUUCUUUGUAUGCAUUAUUGAUGUACUGAAAGCAAAAGAAAGAAAGAGGUAUUAUGGACUUUAACUCAAACUUAUAUUGUCGUUUGGUGGUUAAGUUUGAAAAUACUGUCAGUUUCGAGCACUUUUUUUUUAUUCAGAAGAGUGUCAACUCUCUCUGCCCUCAUUUUGUUUUUUGUUCUUUUUCUUUUGGUUGAGGGCUGAAAAUGUAUCUCUCACACAUAUAUAUAUAUAUAAAUAUAUAUAUUUUUUUAUAAGUCAUUCAUUUCUUGUUUACGUGUCCUAUAUCCCCAUGAACCAAUUUUAUUCUCUUUUAUGUGCUGUAUGUCUUCAAAAUGAAUGGAAAGAAGGUAUUUCUGUGAGAAGUAUAGCUUUGUUGCAUCUUGAUUUCUUUUUGUUAACAUGAAAAGUAAAGUUUCAGUUGCCGAUAUGUUGCUACAGGUUUGGUUGUGAAGGCUUGUGUCAUGUUUCUGAUGCAUUGUGAAUGAAGAUUUUCUUUCUUUUCAUGUGAUGCCUGUUGCCACCACGGCUUGAUUCAACAGUGUUAUCCUCAGCCACAUGUUGCUACAGUUGAGUGUGUGUGUGAGUGCGCAUGUAUGCAUAUCCGUGUACACACCCGUGUAUAUGUGUACUACCUAAGCGUGUGUGCGCAUGCAGGUAUGUGGGCACCUGUGUGUUGGUGGUGUUAAUGUGUGCGUGUGUGUGUACUGAAUCAGUACUCAAACUUGGCAUGCCGUUUAAACUGGAUGCUAAAAGACUUUGGGGAGGAUUUUAUAAAUGUUAAUUAUGUAUCUAUGUAUAGUAUGUAUGUAAAACAAAUCAUGCAAAAAAAAAAAACAAAAAAAAAAAAAUAGUGUCAAAAAAAUGCUGUGUUGUCUGUUUUGCUCCCUGGGCUAGAACAACCCAUCACUAAGUACUAAGAGAAACAAGAUUUCUGCAUAUACUGUAUUUCAACUUCAAAGGAUGAAAGGAUUUUUUCUUUCAGUAUUUUUAAAUAGAAUGUUUUUAUCUAUUCGCU